GGGGCGGUCCCUUGUGACCAGACCCAAGGAGAGGUCUGGAGGAAACCUGGCUGACAAGCUCCUGGACAACAGCUGCUGCUAGCGCGUAUUAGCCGCCUGGGGCCCAAGGAUAUAAGGAAAGAACGUCAGAGGAAACUGUGCCAAAACGAGGCUGUGCUAGGCGCAGGAAAGGCAGUUAGAGGGUGGCGUCAUUUUAAAAGAAGAUUCCACCUCUUUCCACCCUAAAACUCAGUCGCAGCUCGAUUCCAGAUGCCUUUAUCCUUUCGCUGCGCGGUGAGCUGAUGGCCCAGGUUCGAGAAGCUUCCCUGCCUUCUGGCUCUUUGGUCCUUUGGAGCUCGGGCAGUGGGGGAGGGGCCUUCCCGUAGUACGCUAUGGAGAAGGAGGGGGGAAUGGAGAAGGCGGUGGGGGAGGAGAAGGUGUGCUCAAGCCUGGGAGCUGAGGAGGAGAUGAAGCUGGAUCCAUUACAAGGGCACAAGCUCGCGCAGGAGGAGGACUUGAUAAUGAGUGGCGGCAGCGGCAGCAGCGGCAGCGGCAGCGAUGAGAAGGUGCUUCUCUCAACGCCCCCUGGCUGUCACAGUGGCAGCAGGCCCCUGUGUUUGCGCCGCAGGCCCCGCCCUCGGGCCCACUCCCGAGGUCUGCCGGGGCGUUCCGCUCCACCCCUACCACUAGCCCAUCCUUCUGCGUCUCUGCUGCUACAGCUGCCUCCGGGUGCCCGAACCUAGUGCAGAUCUCUGCGUAUCUCCCCCCCCAGAUCCAGGCGUCAGACAAAGCAAGGCUGUUCUGGAGAUCGAAGUGGCUUUGGGGACUGGUUGCUGGAGGUGGAGUUUGAUCACGGGCCCACUGGCUGCUCUCGUGUGGAGAGCUUUAAAGUAGCUAAGAACUGGCAGAGGAAGCUGCUGUUGAUCUACCAGCAUUUCGUUUGGAGUGGGACCCGGACUAGGAAACGUAAGGCAGAGUCGUGCAUCUGUCAUAUAUGUAGUACCCGUAUGAGGAGACUCCACUCUUGUCUCUCCUGUGUCUUUUUUGGCUGCUUUACUGAGAAACAUAUUCACAAACAUGCAGAAACAAAACAGCACAAUUUAUCUGUCGAUUUGUGUCAUGGGGUUGUGUAUUGGUUUAUGUGUAAGGAUUACAUAUAUGACAAAGACAUAGAACAGAUUUCCAAAGAAACAAAAAAUAAAUUUAAAUUAUUAACUUCCACCUCAACAGAGGUUAAAAAACAGUGUAUGACAUCAGGUAUUGAAGAUAGGCGAUCAGCCUGUGAGUCCAAGAAACAGGAGACAAAAUUGGUGAAACCCAAGAAAAGGAGAAAGCAAACAGUUUAUACUGUAAGCCUGAGGGGACUGAUUAAUCUUGGGAACAUUUGCUUUAUGAAUUGUAUUGUCCAGGCACUUAUUCAUAUUCCUCUACUGAAAUACAUCUCUAAUAAGCAUAAAUGUGUAAUGAUAAGCCCUAGCUUGUGUCUUGUCUGUGAGAUGUCUUCUCUUUUUCAUGCUAUGUACUCUGGGAUUCGAACUCCUCACAUUCCCUAUAACUUACUACACUUGUUUUGGAUUCAUGCAGAACACUUAGCAGGGUAGGAUGCCCAUGAGUUCCUCAUUGCCAUAUUAGAUGUGCUGCAUAGACACAGCAAAGGUGAUGAUAUUAUACAGGAGACCAAUAACCCCAACUGCUAUAAAGACCUAAUCUUCACAGGUGGCUUGCAGUCAGAUGUCACAUGUCAAGCUUGCCACAGUGUUUCCACCACAAUAGAUCCAUGCUGGGACAUAAGUUUGGACUUGCCUGGCUCUUGUGCUACAUUCAGUUCUCCGAAUCCAGAGAGGGCUGACAGCACAGUUGACUAUAUACCAGGAAUUCCUUCACUCACAGAUUGCCUGCAGUGGUUUACAAGGCCAGAAGACCUAGGAAUCAGUUCCAAAAUCAAAUGCAGUAGUUGUCAAAGCUACCAGAAAUCCACAAAACAGCUCAUGAUGAAGAAAUUACCCAUUGUAGCCUGUUUUCAUCUUAAGCAGUUUGAACAUGUAGGUAAACAGAUACAAAAGAUUAAUACUUUUAUUUCCUUUCCCUUGGAACUUGACAUGACUCCAUUUUUAGCCUCUACUAAAGAGAACAGAAUGAAAGAAGGCCAGCCACCAGCAGACUUUGUGUCUACUGAGAAUAAGUACUUGUUUGCAGUAAUAAAUCACCAUGGAACUUUGGAAAGUGGACACUAUACCAGUUUUAUCAGGCAGCAGAAGGAUCAGUGGUUCAGUUGUGAUGAUGCUGUCAUUCCCAAGGCUACCAUAGAGGAUUUAUUCUUAAGUGAAGGAUACUUACUAUUCUAUCACAAACAGGAUCUUGAGAAACAGAAAGACUAGUCUUACCAGACUACUUAUCAGAAAAAAGUAAAAGGGAUGAAUAAACAAGGAUACUAAGGUGACAUGCAAACCAAAUCUGGAAUGGACAAUAACAACCAUACAACAAGCUCCUCUUGAAAUAUCAUAAAACCUACCUGGAAUGAACAAUUGACAAUAGUAUCUAUGUGAUAAUUAGUGUCUUGAUAUGAAUAAUGUAUUUUAACAUGGUGUGUGGGUCUGGUUGGGGAGAGUAAAUACUAACCAGUGACCAUUUAAACUUAAAAAUGGGAGAAGGAAGAAGAGGCUAUAAAUGGUCACGUAAAGUAUAUUUCAAUGAUCAAGAUGCUUCAGGUGGUGAGAAUGGGACAGGAGAUGCCAGCAUGAUAUAAUUUGUUUCUAUAAAAAAAAACUGUGAGAAGUCAAGGACUUUCAUUCACCAGAAGCAUCAUAAUUGGUAUUUAAACUACAUCUGACCAGUCAUAGUUUGAAAAAAGAUAAUAGUUUAUGACCAGGGAGAUAGCUCAAAGGGCCCUGACUAGAACAGCCCUGGUAUCUCCUAAGCAAUGCUCAAGUGUGGCAUUGAUGGCCCUAAUUGUCAGUCGUGGUGCAAAUAUACCAAGUUUUGCCAGGAGUGGCCACCAGGCCCCUGGACUCUCAAGCAGAGCUGGGAUAUCUCCUUACCCCCAUCAAAAAGUACUUAAUAUUGUAAAAGAAACCUUGAAGUUUUUUAUUAAAACUUUUUUGACUUUUAAUAGAAAGUGUUGUUAAAUGUUGAAAUAUUAAGUUAAAAAUUUCAAAUAGAUCAUUUAAAUGUUAAAAGAGUUUUAAAUUUAAAAGUUUAAAUUUAAUUAAGAAAACAAUUUUAAGAAGUUAGUCUCCUGCUUUGUUAUUCUAUAUUCCACAGAUAAGUGCAAUCUUUCUGUCUGUCUCUCUCUUUCUGACUCAUUUCACUUAGCAUGAUACUUUCCAUGCUGAUCCACUUAUAUGCAAAAUUCAUGACCUCAUUUUUUCUAACAGCUGCAUAGUAUUCCAUGGUAUUAAAUAAAUUCAAAAUAAAAAAGAAAACAAUUUUAGAAAUAUAUUUUAAGAGGUAAAAUUAAUAAAACAAGGAAAACUGAAUGUUUACAUGAAAGUUAAAAUGAAGAACAGUUUUAAAGUUAAAAAGUUAAAAGAUAAUGAAGAAAGCUCCUAAAAGAAAAUUUUUAAAUGGAGUAAUAUGCUAUGUAAAUAUGUUUAUUAAAAUUUAAAGCAGGGUACAGAACGAUUUUAUAGCAGAUAGGAUACUUGCCUUGCUUGUGGCUGACCCGCCUUCCAUACCCAGCACCUAAUAUGGUCCAAAAAUCAAAAGUUAAUAAAAGUUAGCACUGUAGCACUGUCAUCCCGUUGUUCAUCGAUUUUCUCAAGCAGGCACCAGUAAUGUCUCCACUGAGAGAUUUGGACUUGGACUGGAGUGAUAGUACAGUGUGUAGGGCAUUUGCCUUGCACACAGCGGACCAGGUUCAUUUCCUCCUUCCCUCUCGGAGAGCCGGGCAAGCUACCGAGAGUAUCCUGCCCACACAGCAGAGCCUGACAAGCUACCCGUAGCAUAUUCGAUAUACCAAAAACAGUAACAACAAGUCUCUCAAUAAAAGUUAAUAAAAAUAAAAUAUUUAAUAAGAAAUAAGUUUUAAGAAAUAAGAAUGUAAUUAAAAUUUAUAUUUAGAGAAAGUUUUAGAAGAGGAAAGUUUAGAAUUCGAUAGAAUUGUCUAAAAUUUUUAAAUAAAAAUUAGAGAAAGAUGAAAUAGGAAUGGCUCACAGAACUGGAGGGCAUGUUUUUCAGAUGGGAGUCCUGGGUUCAGUUCCCAACACCACAUGCUCCUCAGAUAACCACAGGUGUUGUCCUCUACUCAAAUUGGAGACUUAAUCAUGGUGUUUAAACAAUCUUUGAUAAGUUCAAGUUGAGAAAUUUAAAUAAAAGCUAAAUAUUUAAACAGAAGAUACAAGGAAGAAAACAGUCUUUAAAAAGAAAGAUAUAAAUUUUAAAAAAUAAAAUAUUUCUGGGCUGAAGCGAUAGUACAGAGGGUAGGGCAUUUGCCUUGCAUGCAGCCGACCCAGGUUCAAUUCCCAGCAUCCCAUAUGGACCCCUGAGCCCCGCCAGGAGUAAUUCCUGAGUGCAGGAGUGCAGAGCCAGGAGUAACCCCUGUGCAUUGCCGGGUGUGACCCAAAAAGAAAAAAAAAGAUAAAAUAUUGAAAUUGAAAAAAUUAAAAAGCCAUAAUAUUUUAUUUCAAUGUAUACAUACUAAAAUCUGGGUUAUGAAAAGUGAGUGGAGGGGAAUGAAUAACAAGGGGUUGUGAAUAUAUGUAUUUUAAUCAUGUUCAUAUAUAAAUUCAAUUUGAAAAUAAUAUAUAAUUUAGAUGUCAGUGUACUAUCCAAGUGUGGGAUUUCUGCAAAGUUUGAUCUAUUCUACCUUCCCCUCUCAGGUUUCAUACCCUAUUUUAUUUCCUGAAGUAAGUAUAGCUAUUUAUUUGGCAGAAUUAAAUACAUCUAUGAAAGACGAACUUUAAAAUUGGAGGCCAAUGAGUAUAGCAGAUCAGGCACUUGCCUUUCAAGGCUGACCAGAGUUUGAUCCCUGGUAUCCCAUAUCGUCCAACACCACCAGGAGUAAUACUUGACUGCAGAGCCAGAAAUAAGCCCUGAGGACCACCCAGUGUGCCUCCCUGCGUAAGAAAGAGAGAGAAAUGAAAAUUGAAGCCAGUCUCUCCAUUACAACAGUGUUAUUUAUACAAAUCAUUCGUUUCUGUAGGAAGUUCUUGACAAUUUGGGGGAUUAUAAAUAUUAAACUGAAUCCCAUAAACUGCUUUGAGGAAGUGCUGAACACCCAUAUACGAGGACCUCUCACCCUCUUCUUUCCCUAUCCCCUUCCAUGGAGAAAUGGGAUUUUAAAAUUUCUAUGCUAGAACACAAGUUUUGUGUUUGAAAAUGCUUUUACUUAUUCUUUCUUUUACUCCUUCUCCCCUUAUUCCAUCAUUUAUUCCUGGUUCUCUGAACCCUCACUUGUGGUCCUUCCUAUGCCACCUGGUGGCUUCUACUCAUCUUCAAGACACAGCUCAGAGAUGACUUCUCUGGAGACUUCCUUAAAUUCUCUAUCCAGGUAUAAGUUAGAAAAUUGUUUGCUGUUCCUCUAUCCCUUUCACUGUGCCUUCAAAAUAUUUUAUCUGUACUUUAGUAAUAGUAGUUAUUCUACUAUGAUUCUACUGUAGUUUUGUAAUUGUCUUCCUCUCUGCACAGGAUUCUGCUAACAGGGUACCAAGCCUUACUCAAUUUUAUGCUAAUAAAUGCUUGCUGAAUGUGAGAAUGAGUUCAGUUAUUUAAUUCACUCAGUAAAUAUGAUCUCACCCAUUAUUUGUAAUAUGGUAUAAUAUGGUGUAAUCAAUGUUAUAUUUUUCCCUAAAUAUGGUGUAAGAAAUGCUUCUUAGUUGUAGGGUCUGGAUUUAGAAAGAAGGUACUAGGUGAAGAAAUAACAGAAAUAACCAGAAAUAACAAGUGUCACAAGGAAGUGAGAAUAGGCCUGAGAGUUGGUGGCCAUGAGAAAACAGGUGGUAGGGAGAGCAGGAGCUGCAGGUGAGGUGACACUGGGAUCUGUGGUAUAUAUGUGGCAACACUUCCCUUCACCACAGUGUCCCAGAGCUCCCGCAAUAUUUUCUCAUCUUAAAACGAUGUAUCAAAAAAUCUCCAUAGUGUGUCACAUGAUUUUACAUUCCCAGGAGAUAGCAUACUUCACUGUUCCUUGAUAUAGUAAUCCUUGCUUCUUUAUUUUAUUUUAUUUUAUUUUAUUAUUUUUCUUUCUCAUAAAGCAUUUUUUGUCAUCUGGACUUUAUUGAUCUAAUAAAAUUACAUUAAGAAUUGAAAUGAAUUAUACAUUAUUGUGCUCAUGUUUCCCCCAUACAAAGUUCAAGAACCCAUGCCUUCACCAGUGCCCAUUCUCUACCACCAGUAAACCCAGCAUCUCUCCCACCCUCCCCAGUCCCGUCUCCAACCCCCCAACCCCACACUGCCACUAUGGCAGGGUAUUCCCUUUUGUUCUCUCUCUCUCUGAUUAGGUGUUGUGGUUUGCAAUAAAGGUGUUGAGUGGCCAUUGUGUUCAGUCUCUAGUCUACAUUCGGCACGCGUCACCCUUCCCCCGAAUG